UUUGUGGUGAAAACAAAGAAUAAAAAGAUGAAAUUGACAAAUAAGGUUAGAGGAGAUAUUGCAAAAACUUUUGCAUCUUUUCCUAAUGAGAGGAAGUUAGUUUUUAAAAAUUUAGCAACAACAGACCGUUUGCGAUAUCUGGAGGCAAAAAAAGAAUUCAAUGCAAAGGUUAAUAAGGAUUACUGGGAUACACAUUGUAGUCCUUUCCGGUUCUACAAGUUGUUGCAAAAUAUUGGUUCUGAAUAUAAUGAUUCAAUUCGUAGUAUUGGACUUGAAGGCUUGAUUCAUCUACAAGAGUAUAAACUAAACAGGCAUCUUUGUUUGUGGUUGAUUGAAAUGGUUGACUAA